AUGAGUGGAAAGAAAACAGACGGGCGAUCAGGUGGUGUCAUGGGAUGGAUAAGCUCAGCUUGCCGUUUCGCGACGGACAGAAACGAUUUCAGAAGGAAUCUCCUUGUAAACCUGGGUUUAUUCGCAGCGGGUGUUUGGGUCGCAAGAAACCUUUCAGAUUUUGACUUGAUGUCUCCUCAGCCAGUCACGUAGUUCCCACUCCGCAAAAAUGACUUUAACAGGAUAGGUGAUGAUGAAAUGGAAGAACAUACAUUUUCUACCGAGGGCCUUGUUGAAGAAGCCCAUUCAACACUGAAGGGAAUAAGUCUAAGCUAUUGGAUGAUCACAACUGUACAUUUCUUCUGUGCAUUCAUUGCGUUUUGUUGAAAUAAAUCUCAUGGUGAAUCA